AUGGCAGGGAGGGCUGACUACUACUCCUGCAUAGCCACCAUCGUGUUUCUACGUAAGGAGAACUGUCUUUAUCAGGCCUGCCCAACCCAGGACUGCAACAAAAAGGUGGUGGACCAGCAGAAUGGCAUGUUCCGCUGCGAGAAGUGCGAUAAAGAGUUUCCCAACUUCAAGUACCGCCUCAUUCUGUCCGCCAACAUUGCGGACUACGCCGACAACCAGUGGGUGACUUGCUUCCAGGACGGCGCUGAGGCCAUCCUGGGCCAGAACGCCGCGUACUUGGGCCAGCUCAAGGACUCGAAUGAAUCGGCAUUCGACGAGAUCUUCCAGCAAGCGAACUUCAACACUUUUAUCUUUCGCAACAGAGUGAAGCUSGAGACGUACAAUGUAAGUAAAACAGUUCCAACCAGAUGCACAUUAAAACUAAUUCCAGUGUAUUUCAUGUAAUAAAACACAAAAUAU